AUGGCCAAAAGAAAGGCCGACGCUCUUGCUCAAGCGCAGCAUGGGAAUGGUAGCAAAAAGGUUAAGCACGCAGCUGCUUCCCCAGUAGCAAAGCGAAGCUUGCUGGACGAUAGCGACCCUGGUAGUAGCAGCGAGGAUGAAUCCGUUGGAGGGGUCCAACUUCAGGAGCCAGAACUCAAGAUCAACAAGGAGUUUGCAAAUCGGUUUGAGCACAACAAAAAGCGGGAGGAGUUACAUCAGUUGGAGGAGAAAUACAAAAAGGACGCAAAACCGGCGAAUGGCAAAUUGUAUGGGGACAAGUAUGAUGAAGACUCCGAAUCGUCCGACGAUGAAGACGAAGAUGAUGAGGGAUUUCUUGCUACGGAAGAUCUAGACGCAGAGAUUUCGGCAACCCUUCAAGCCAUACGAAACAAAGAUCCCCGCCUUUACGAUGAGAAGGUUACCUUUUAUAAGCCCAUUGAAGAGGAUGGAGAGGAAGAUGAUAAACCAACCAAGAAGGAAAAGCCCAUGUAUUUAAGCGACUAUCACCGGGCAAAUUUGCUCAAAGGCGACACUGGCGAGGAGGAAGAGCCUGCACCAAGAACGUUUGCACAAGAGCAAGAUGAUUUAAAGCAGACGAUCGUCAAGGAAAUGCAUGAGGCAGCUGAAGGCAGUUCAGAUUCAGAGGAUGAAGAUGGAGGAUUCCUGAUACCAAAGUCCAAGCCGGAGCCGUCGACUAGCAAAGUGCACCCCUCGAGAGCGGCCAAGGUCAAAGUCACCGUGGAUGUGAAAACCGCGGAUAAAGAACCCGAAACCUUUCUGUCUAAUUUCAUGCAGGCGCGAGCUUGGGUACCGACUGAUGGGACGCGAUUCCAACCGCUAGAAUCGGACGAUGACGAGGAGGAUGAGAUGGCGGACAAGUUUGAGAUUGCCUAUAACCUUCGAUUCGAAAAUCCUGCCGGUAGCAAUGAGGUGCUCAAGUCAUACGCAAGAGAUAUAGUAGCAACCAAGUCCGUUCGCCGGGAAGAACCUAACACUAGGAAAAAGCAGAGAGAUGCUCAAAGAGAGAAAAAGGAGGCUGAGAAGAGCGAAAGAGAAACGGAAAAGGCAAGGCUGAGACAAUUGAAAAUCGGAGAGAUGGAAGAGAAACUCCAGAAGAUUAAGAAAGCGGCGGGAAUUAAGGGGAAGACACUGCAGGAACAAGAGUGGACGAAGUUCUUAGACGAGAACUGGGAUGACGACAAGUGGGAAAGCGAAAUGAAUAGUCGUUUUGGAGAAGAGUAUUACGCCGAGCAGGAAGCCGGUUCGGACGAAGAUAUGGAUGGUCAAGAUGGAAAAGAAGCUAGCAAAAAGAAGAAGAUCAAGAAGCCUAAAUGGGAUGAUGAUAUCGACAUCAAAGACUUAAUCCCCGAGUUCGAGGACGAAGAGAAGUCUCAGAAGAAGCCAGAAUUUACCUUAUCUGACUUGGAUGAGCAAGAUGAAGACUCCAAUGGCGAUGAAGAUGCCACUGCGCCAAGAAAGAAGAAGACAAGCAAGGCUCGCCUGCAAGAGAAGCAAGCUAAGAAGAAGGCCGCCCGGCUUGAACGCAAAACGAUCGAAGACCUUGUCGACAGUCGCCUCGAUAUGGACAUCUCCCUGAAAUCCAAACAACCAUCCUUCUUCCGCUAUCGAGAGACAUCGCCAACAUCCUUUGGUCUCACGGCAAGGGACAUCCUCAUGGCGCCCGACGCAUCGCUGAAUGAGUUCGCGGGGCUGAAGAAGAUGGCAGCGUUCCGCGACCCCGACAAGAAGCGCAAGGAUAAGAAGCAUUUGGGGAAGAAGGCGAGACUGAGACAAUGGAGGCGGGAGACCUUUGGAAAUGAGGACGGCCCGGAAGUGGUAAUUGGUGCCAAUGCCGCCAGCGUUGGAGAGGCGGCAGCUGAGGGUGAUAAUGUUGAUAUCGUGGAGGGCAAGAAGAAGAAGAGGCGGUCGAAGAAGAACAAGCCGCGUGCUGAGGAGGCCACUGCUUGA